AUGAUUUUAAAAUUAUUAUGUGAUUCUUUACCUCCUAAUUUAUGUUAUUUAGAUUUAAAUCUUGUGGUUAAUCCUGAUGAUUUAAAAUUACUUUUCGAUAAUUGUGAUCAAAUUGAUCUUAAAAGAUUAUUAAUUAGAAAUAGAAGUUCUCAUAAUUUAGAUGUUACUUUAAAUGUUAUAAAAGAUUUUAUUAAGAAUAAGAAUUUGAAUUAUUUAUCCUAUUCUAUUAGAAAUGAUUCUAAAUUUCGAAAUAAUUUGGAAUUUUUAUUUAAAGAAAUUCAAUCAUUUGUUAAAAUUAAGAAUUAUUAUGAUUUAACUAUUAAAUUAGAUAAUAUUGGUAAUAUAAAAUUCAAUUAUUGA